AUGGACUCCAACGUGGAUUUUGAGAUGGCCAACAUCUCCAUCGCUCAAAAUGAACUGCCACAGAUAUGGCCUUCGAACCAUCCUCGAUUUCAAAGCGACCUGCUCGCCUCCUUGAUGAGCUUUUCAGCCUGGCAGUAUGCUGUGACUUUUCUGAUUGCUGUAGUAGUCUAUGAUCAAGUGAUGUAUAUCAUACGAAAAGGCUCUAUAGCUGGGCCGCCGCUUAAGAUUCCGCUCAUGGGUCCAUUUAUACAAGCCUUACACCCGAGGUUUGAAGGAUACCUUGCGCAAUGGGCGAGCGGGCCACUUAGCUGUGUGUCCGUCUUCCACAAAUUUGUCGUUCUAGCCUCCGACAGAGACAUAGCCCACAAAGUAUUCAAGUCGCCCACAUACGCCGAGCCAUGUAUAGUACCGAUCGCAAAGGAUAUCCUAGGUCACAAAGCAUGGGUCUUUCUUCAAGGUAAAGAUCACACCGAGUACCGCAGGGGAUUAACUCCUCUGUUCACCAACAGGGCCAUGGCUACGUACCUACCGGUGCAAGAAAAGGUGCUGGCCGAUUAUUUUGACAAGUUUGUCGCUACUAGCAAGGCGAAUCAGGGCCAACCAAAGGAAUUCAUGACCAUGUUUCGCGAGAUCAACUGUGCACUUUCAUGCCGCACGUUUUUCGGUGAUUACAUAUCUCAGGCUGCCGUCAAGAAGAUUGCAGAUGACUUUUACCUUGCGACGGCUGCCCUUGAGUUAGUCAACGUACCUCUAUCGAUAUAUAUUCCUUUCACCAAGACUUGGCUCGGGAAGCGAACAGCCAACGCCGUCCAUGUCGAGUUUUCAAAAUGCGCGGCUGCAUGCAAGGAAAACAUGGCAAAAGGCGCAAAACCAACAUGCAUAGUAGACCACUGGGUACUCCACAUGAUGGAAUCCAAGCGAUACCACGAAAGAAUCGCCGCAGGGGAGACAGAUGUCGAGAAACCAAAGAACGUGAUCCGCGAGUUCACCAAUGAGGAAAUUGGAGAGACAUUGUUCACCUUCCUCUUUGCCUCUCAGGAUGCGUCGAGCAGUGCCACGACUUGGCUAUUCCAAAUCCUCGCCCAGCGGCCGGACGUGCUCGACAAAUUGCGUGAAGAAAAUUUGGCUGCUCGUGGUGGUGAUAAAAACAAGACCUUCGAUCUUCCCAUGCUCGAAUCUCUCACCUACACCAACGCAGUCAUCAAGGAGCUCCUGCGCCACCGUCCACCCGUUAUUAUGGUUCCAUAUCUCGCAACGAAGAACUUCCCUGUUACACCCAAUUAUACCGUUCCUAAGGGCUCCAUGAUCAUCCCAUCCUGUUAUCCAGCGUUACAUGAUCCUAAUGUUUACCCUAAUCCCGAUAACUUCGAUCCUGAUCGUUGGAUUUCCGGGGACGCUGAGUCUAAGACUAAAAACUGGCUAGUAUUCGGUGCGGGGGCACACGAUUGCCUUGCAAGAAAGUACGUGCCGCUGUCUAUGGCUGGUAUGAUUGGGAAAGCGGCGCUGGAACUUGACUGGAAGCAUCAUGCUACGGAGAGAUCAGAAGAGAUUCGAGUUUUUGCUACACUGUUUCCAAUGGAUGGGUGCCCGUUGGUGUUUACGAAACGCUCAUAA